ACAGUUUGCCGGCGCUUCGGUCACUCCUAUAGACCUAUUGAUCAUUUAUAGUACUGUGCAAUCAACAAUGCGGUGAACAUAAAAAUAUGUCUCAAGAGUAGUUUUUAAGUCAUUUUGUAUUUAAUUUUUAGUGAUACCUAAGUGAGUUGAAAUAGUGCCAGGGAAUUACACAACUACCAAUAAAUAAGUCGAACGAGGGUCAUUAACUUUGCCGCUUUCAGGACUAUUAACGUACCUUUCAGGUGCAUAAUUUAACUCGAUUUGUCGUCCGGCACGUUAUCUUCACAGUGGGAAUUUGUUAGUCGUUACGGUAGUCAAUUGCAUAUAUUACAAUAUGGUGCCAUACAGCUUUAGGUCAGUACUGCUGCUGCUGCUACUUACCGCGGCCAUGACCGCCGGCGUGAUGGACGUCGAGUACAGUUGGAUUUACGCGGACUACACUUACGGCAGCCUUCAGCAACGGGAAUCGGCCAUUAGAUCCGGAAAGUUCAUACCGGAAAAUUGUGUCAUAUUAGACGUAGACGUAUUUCAAGGUACUUCUGAAGACAGAUUGUAUUUCAACAGCGGCGGACCUGGCAGUUCGUUGCCGAAAAAACGAAUUUUCGUGUCGGUGCCACGCAUCAAGCCGGGAAAUCCAGCGUCGUUGGCAGUACUGGUGCCGGAGGAUUCAAAGCCUCCGCUGUUGGCUCCGUUCCCAAGUUGGAAAUUCCAUUUCCUCUCUGAAGACAGACCUGACUGCGACAAUUCGAUUAUUUCUGUUUUCAGAAUGAAGAUCGACGACUUGGGUCGAUUGUGGGUCGUGGACACCGGCAGAAUCAAUCAAUUUGAACUCCAUCCCCGUUCCAUAUGCCCUCCAAAACUAUUGAUAUUCGAUUUGAAAAACGGCGAUAAAAUCAUAAGGUCGUACACGUUUCCCCCGGAACAAUACAAGCAAGAUUCUCUGUUCACUAAUAUCAUUGUGGACUUUGGAGACCAAAAAGGCCGAAACACGUUCGCGUACAUAACCGAUACAACGGCUUACAAGUUACUCGUGUACGAUUUCAGAAACGACGAAAGCUGGGUCGUCGACCAGCUCCAUUUGUAUCCGUACCCCCACAAAGGCCAUUUUAACAUCAACGGCGUCACCUUUGGCCUUAUGGACGGCAUUCUGGGUUUAGCGUUGGGACCACCGACGAGAAACAACCGAAAACUGUACUUCCACGCGUUUGCCAGCGUUCGAGAAUCUUGGGUGUACACUAGCACUUUGCAAAACAAAACAUUGUUUGCCAGCGGUCUGAUCGACGGUCAAGGUUUGUUCUUCACGUCCCCUGACGUCAGACCUACCCAGUCCAGCGUGGAAGUCAUGACAAACGACGGUAUAUUAUUUUCGGCAAUGAUGGACAACAGUCUCGUUUGUUGGAAUUCCGAAGACUCGUUCCUGCCCGAAAACAUUCCGGUCGUGUACAAGAGUGACAGAGAUUUUCAAUUUCCGAGUGGCAUGAAAAUUGUCGGCGAUAGAAUAUGGGUGGUUUCCAACCAGCUCCAGAACCAUUUCACGACUUUGGUCAAUGACCGCAGCUCAAUUAAAUACCGAGUGCUCGUCGGUCGCGUGGACGACCUGAUCAGAGGCACUGGUUGCGAUAAGAGGUUUGCCCCGAUCCGUACCCCAAUAGCUGCUCAAAAGAUUAAACCCCCCCAAUCACUCGUAUUUAGUGGUAGAGGAGGUUAACGGUUCGCUUUGUAUACACGCUAAUAACGACAGGAAGAAAAAGUCCACGUCAACACGACUUUUUAGCUAUAGUAACGUACAAUCCCUGAAGACCUGUAAAUAUUUUUUAACGGACACGACACAUUUAUUCCGAUACGACUACUUCACCGGAAUAUGUGAUGACAGCAUUAAUAAUUUGACCGUCGACCUGAUAAAUAUUUAUUUCGCAAUAAUUUUCGCUUUACCGUACAUUAGUUAGUUUUACUAUUUAUUUGCUUGUCGAGUGUUUUAUUAUAUAAAUAAACGCUAUUGCAUAUUAUGUUCAA